GUAUGUGUGCUUAUAUAUCGCUUCUGUUUCAAAUCCAUUUCGUUUCAUUGGUUCGAUAAAUGCUGAGAAAUCGCGUCGUUCGUUUUAUAAGAUUCACGAUUUUGAUCCGGAUAGAAUAUUUUACCCAGGAAUAUUUCAUUCAUGGUUUUAUUGAUCUAAGGAGAUUAAAGGCGACGGCCCUCUUUAUGUAAUACACUGCCUCGUACGAUGGCGGCGUCUGAUAAAGAUGUUAUGGGCAUCGAGGAGGCAAAAAGCAUAGGUGAAAAACCCGAAAAUCUUGUACAUAAAGCUUCGCAUGAUUCUGUUUUCGAUGCAGUUCAUGAGAAAUCGGAUGGUACCGGUAACCGUAAAUCCUUAUUCCCAGAAGAACAAGAAACUCGUGCUUCACGUUUGAGAAGUCGUUCUCUGGAAAAAAGUGAUGGGGCUCGCAGUGGCUCUGAACAUUCUAUAGCCAGUUCUCGGCAUUCACACAGCUCGUUCAAACAGUCCCCUACUCGUUGUGGCUCAAACAACUCGAUCCGACCUCACCAUUCUCGUAGUGGCUCAAGACGGUCGGGAAGCGGUUCUAUACCCCGCAGCGGUUCAGGACCAAGGAAUUCGUCCGGAGUCUGUCGCUUCCAAGAGAGAUCAUUACGUUCUCGAAGUGAUUCAUUGCGAUCCCGCAGUGAAUCUGGCGGAAGGCGAUCUAGAAGUGGUUCCAGGCGAUCAAGAAGUGGUUCCUUGCGAUCUAGAAGUGGUUCUAGAAGGUCGCGAAGUAGAUCAAGACCAGAUAGAAGUGACUCCAGGCGGUCAAGAAGUAGCUCCAGGCGGUCUAGAAGCGGCUCCAGACGGUCUAGAAGCGGCUCCAGACGGUCUAGAAGCGGCUCCAGACGGUCUAGAAGCGGCUCCAGACGGUCUAAAAGCGGACGCAGGCGAUCCAGAAGCGGCUCUAGAAGAUCUAGAAGUGACUCUAGGCGCUCUAAAACCGGCUCUAUACGUUCUAGGCAAUCUAAAAGUAGUUCCAGACGAUCUAGAAGUGGAUCCAGACAAUCUAGAAGUGAAUACAGGCGAUCUAGAAGCGGCUCCCUGAGAUCCAGAAGUGGCUCGAGGCGAUCUAGAAGUGGUUCCAGAAGAUCUAGAAGUGGCUCUAGGAGGUCUAGAAGCGGAUCUAGGCGAUCUAGAAGUGGAUCUCGGCGAUCUAUAUGUAGCUCACGGCGCUCCUGCAGUGUCUCUAGACGUUCCCGCAGUAAAUCCGGAUCGAAACGGUCUCGCAGUGGAUCCGGAUCCAGACGAUCUCGCAGUUUAUCCAGUCGCUCUCGUAGUCCUUCAUUCAAUUCUCAACGUAGUACGCGACGGUCUCAAAGCCGAUCUAGUAGCGUUGGAUCGAAGAGUAAGCGAGACGGAGCUAAAGACAACUCUAGACGCAAGAGAUUGCUUCUCACUGACUCUGAAGAUGAGUCUCCGAAAACAAACAAAAAACGAGUCAAAAUCACAGACACAGACAACGAAGAAGAGGAGCAAGAGAGCGGCUUGGACAAAGGAAAAAAUGAAAAUAAAAUAGUAGAAAGCUCUGACGAUGAGAACACUCCAAUUUUAAAUGAAACAGAAAGCAGCAACUUUAUAUCGGACUUUGACGCAAUGUUGCAACGAAAAAAAGCAGAAAAACGCGUUCGCCGACGCAAGGGAGAUAUUGAUUUAAUAAAUGAUAACGAUGACCUCAUUGAUCAGUUAAUCAUAAACAUGAAGAACGCUUCCGAUGAUGAUCGGCAGCUAAACAUGCUGGGUCAACCAGCCACGAAAAAGAUAUCAAUGCUAAAGCAAGUAAUGUCACAAUUAAUUAAAAAACACUUUCAGCUGGCUUUUUUGGAGCACAACAUUCUUAACGUACUUACUGAUUGGCUGGCGCCUUUGCCAAACAAAAGUCUACCUUGCCUACAAAUACGCGAAAGUAUUUUAAAAUUAUUAUCAGAUUUUCCUACAAUUGAAAAGGGACUUCUAAAACAAUCUGGGAUCGGAAAAGCUGUUAUGUAUUUAUACAAGCACCCGCAAGAGACAAAGCAAAAUCGGGAUCGAGCUGGUCGCCUCAUUUCCGAAUGGGCUCGCCCGAUAUUUAACUUAAGCUGCAAUUUCUCGGCGAUGAGUAAGGAGGAGCGGCAGGAGCGUGACCUGGCGCAAAUGUCAAAACAUCGCUUGAAGAGUCCAGAUCCGCAACCAGCCUCAACAAGUAAGGCCCAAGCGCAAUCCCUAAAUCAAACUCUUUCAGGCGAGGACAAGUUGUUGAGACCUGGUGAUCCCGGAUGGGUUGCUCGCGCUCGAGUGCCCAUGCCAUCUAACAAGGAUUACGUUAUAAGACCUAAGUCAACUGUUGAAGGCGAAAUCUCCAAGUCAACUAAGCGCAAACCAAACCGCUACGAAAAGCACAUGAAGCGAUUUCUGGACUCUAAACGGUUAAAGGAAAGUCGCCGGGCAGUCGAAAUUUCUAUAGAGGGUCGCAAAAUGGCCCUAUAAGCAGCAUUUUAGUUAACUAAAAUAAAAUCAUCAAAACUAUAGAACAAUACUA